AUUGCGAAAUGUCAUUAACCUUGGACGUAAUCAGCUGGAGAACAAGUAAACAAAAAUGUGAUGACACGGAUUCAGUUUUUAUUAAAUCGCCUUCGUAAUCAAGUGUCAGUGCUCAAGGCGGUCGCGAGAAUGGAGUCGAAUCUAAGAAGUGGGAAGCUGGCGCCUUCCGAGAUUUUGCUGUUGUUCGACGUCGACGGGACGUUAACGAUUCCCCGCGGGUCAAUAUCUUCCGCGAUGGAGACUUUUCUCUACGAGAAAUUGAAACCGCACGCGACAUUGGCGCUCGUAGGCGGUUCCGACUUAGAUAAAGUCUUGGAGCAGCUCAACGGCAAGCGCGCGCUCAAGGAAUUCACCUUCAUUUUCCCCGAGAAUGGGCUCGUGCAAAUCGAAAAAGGCGAGGAAGUCGGCCGGCAAUCGAUCCAGCAACAUCUCGGGGAGGAGACGCUGCAGAGGUUCAUCAACUUCGUCCUUCGCUACUUGUCAGAUAUCAAAUUACCGGUGAAGCGCGGAACAUUCGUGGAAUUCCGGACGGGAAUGCUGAACAUCAGCCCGAUUGGGAGGCAGUGCAGCCGCCAAGAGCGCAAUGAGUUCGAGGCGUACGACAAAGUGCACGGAAUCCGCCAGCGGAUGAUCGACGCCCUCCGGAAAGAAUUUCAUGACGUGGACCUUGUGUAUAGCAUCGGCGGCCAGAUCAGCUUUGAUGUGUUUCCCCAUGGUUGGGACAAGACGUAUUGCCUGAAGCACGUCACGCAGGAACGCUUCCAGUUCAAGGAAAUUCAUUUCUUUGGAGACAAGACUGAUCCGGGCGGCAACGAUCACGAGAUUUUUGAAGACCCGCGCACGAUUGGACACAAGGUCCGGUCGCCGGACGAUACUCGGCGGAUUUUGGAAGAAAUGUUCGACCUUAAGGACGCUUAAAAUUCCAAAGCUUGUUAUUUAUAUUUAAAUAAAAUUUACAAUUUUAAUGUCA